AGGCCGGCAGAUUUCCCAUUAUCUAUUGGGUUAAGUUCCUUUUACGAAACAAAUCUAUUAGCCUUUAUGAUCGUCAAUGGCGGCCCAUUCUUCCUACAGCAAAAGGAGGGAUAUACGAUACCACGCAAAAGGUACGCGGGAGGAAGAACGAAAACCAUGGGAAUUAAACCUUGUUCUGUUCGAUGGAUGGCUUCUUCGUUUAAGCACCUGAGGAAACCUUUUCUCUUCUCAACACGAGAUUUAACACGUUAUUCGAAUCAAUGGCGUUUAGGCGUAGUCUUUGCAAUAGAGUAACCAUAAUGGCUAGACGAUAUCAACCAUCGUUUGCCUACGUUCUCCAUGAAGAGGAACAUAUGUUGAUUAACAAAAAAGAAACUAAUUUAAUUUGUGUUAAUCCUGCUGGCAACGAAGCCAAGCCUGGAGGAAAUGUGGAAGUGGUUGGCAAGCAAGGAUGUGAAUUCCCUGUCGGUGGUUGAAGUUCAAAAUGAAAUUAAAAAGCUUUUCAAGGAAUAUGGCUCGACACUAUUUACACCACUGAUUGGGGUCUUUAUUCGGUGGUCCAUCUUUAUCAGCUCUUACUUAGCUAUUACAACAAUGGCUAAGAAAAUGCCAUCAUUUAAAUGCGGUGGAGCAUAUUGGUUUACGGAUCUCACUACUCCAGAUAGUUUAUACGUCUUUCCAAUUUUGACAGCACUGAAAUUUUUGAUAACCGUAGAGUGUAACAUGCAAGAUGGUAUGGAAGGGAAACCUGCUGCUGCAACUAAGAAAAUUGUGUCUAGUGUCCUUGCUGUUUUGACAGUUCCAUUUACCAUGAAUUUCCCAAAGGCCAUAUUUUGUUAUUGGAUUACAUCAAAUUUGUUUUCCAUCUCUUAUGGACUAGUGCUUAAGGCUCCCGGGGUGAAGAAGGCUUUAGGCAUUCCUAAAAUACCUGAUCAACCAGCGGCUACUGCACGACGACCUUCUAUCAAUCUGUAUUCAGUUCUCAAAAAAACUCUCCAACAAGCAAGAACAGCAGCAGAAGAAGAAUCUGCCUCAGUAUCUGCUGCACCAACAAAAGUAUCGAACCGAAGCACACCUUCUUCUUCGGCUAUCAAUCAACGGAUUAAACAUUUAGAGAAACAAGUAAAGGGAAAGAAUAAUAACAAGAAGAGGUGACCCGGAAGUCGAAAAUCACCCGUUAUAAAUCUUGUUAGGCUCCAUUGUUUGGGGCCAUAGGAACCAAGUGACAGACACAGUUUUUUUUCUUCUUUUAUCUAAUUCAGGAUCCUUUUCCCAUGAUUUUCCUUUUCAAAUAAAAACAAGUAAAUCACAUAUAGGAAGGCGUAGGUCGAGUUAAGGUCGUUUCCCUGAAUCACAUGAGGUCUCUCUCCAAUUUUUUUUAGCCUAUGUUACUCAAAUUUGGGUAUGUCCAAUACAAGAAUAUAAUUAACACGAUUUCUUUAAAUUUUUCAUAUAUUUGGAGAAUACUGAUAUCCACGUAUAUAAUGAAAACAAGUGCGCCGGACAUGAAGUA